UAUGACCGCCACAUGAAAAUGAACUGCAUCCUAAUAAUGACCCAACUGUAGGCUUGCAGAUCUUUAGGGGUCCUGCAUUUCCUCCGGUAACUGGGGGAGGAGGUGGUUCAAGUGUCACGUGACUGCAACCCAUCCGUGCCGACCCUUUGUUGUUGGGAUUUUGGGCUAGGAGAAUCGCGAUAUUGCCCCGCCACGAAAGGAUAGCAAAGAGAACUGAGGACGAACGAUUACUAAAGGACGGAAAACAGUCGAUACGCGUCGCCUUUUGCCUCACAACUAGCAACACAGACGCGCGAGAGAUGCACACAAAGACAGAGCGAGAGGCGUCCGCGAGCUGUUAUUGAGCUCAACAGCGAAACCCUGCAAAUGUGCUUGUGAGCGAAAUGCACGGUUGUUUUUAACCGGAGUGAUGCUCGUAAGGCUCAGUCGGCCUUCCUGGGACACAAACACGUUUUAAAAGGGGUAUUUUCCUGAUCCUCCACAGCCUGCUCGUCUUUUGUUCCCCGGCACCUUUAUUUAACAGGUCAAAGAGGAGAGACAGAUACAUCAUGUUGCUGGGCACCGGGCUUGUAAGGUGGACCCGACCAGCACUGUCUGUGUUCUGCCUGCUGACCAUCAUCCUCAGUCCAGCGCUGGGAUCCGUCCAGGCAUCCAACCCGCAGAACACUGACUGUGUGUUCGGCAAAGGCUGCUUAGAUCUGUCAGAGAAGAAGAGUGACCUGCGUGUGUGUGACGCCACCACGUGCCGUUACAAUGGCAUCUGCCAAAACAACGGCGGUGACAUCAAAUGCGUAUGCCAGUUUGAGUGCUCUAAGAACUACGUCCCUGUGUGUGGUACAAACGGAGACACCUAUCAGAACGAGUGCUAUCUGAAACAAGCAGCCUGUACCCAGCAGAGACCCAUCUUUCUGGCCUCUGAGGGCUCCUGCUAUCCUGAUAGCAGCUCAGGAUCUGGAGAUGGAGAAUAUGAGGGAUCAGGCACAGAUUCGGGCAAGAAAGUCACAAAAUGCAGCAACUGCAAGUACGGUGCUGAAUGUGAUGAAGACGCAGAGGAUGAGGACUCCUGUUCGUGUAAAAUCGACUGCAGUGGGCACAAUGAGAAUCCAGUGUGCGGCACAGAUGGAAACUCCUACCAUAACCCCUGCCUGGUGCGAGAGGCAUCCUGUAUGAAGCAGGAACAGAUUGAUGUGAAACAUUUAGGGAGAUGCCCAGAUAAAGACAAAGCUAAGAAAACUGAAGCUGGACUUCCAUACAAGCCAGAAUUGAUUGACCCAGCAAAAGCCGGUGAAGGAAAAGGAUACGGCUGGAAACCCGUUCCCUGCACGGACGACUACGCCAACUUCUGCGUUCAUGGCCAGUGUGAAUUUAAUUACGGCAUCGCCUCCUGCCGGUGUGAUUCAGGUUACACGGGGACACAGUGUGAUGAGAUCGCUGACUUUAACAUCCUGUAUGUCGUACCCAGUGGUCAGAAACUUCAUUAUGUGCUCAUAGCUGCUAUCAUUGGAGCCGUGCAGAUUGCCAUUCGUGGAAGACGGCAAAAGCAGAACUUUUCAUCAAAUGCCUCUUCAAGGAUGAUGAAGGGUGGAGCUUCUAUAUUCUCCAGAACGUCCAUGAAGCUCCAGUCAGAGGGCGAGUCCGUCUCAUCCAAGCGUCUUCCAGGGCCCACCACGGCCCCAUGA